AGCUUUGUCGUCUCUUUCGUCUCCGUCCAUCCCCGUCGUUCCUUUGCGUUUGACUCUCAUUCUCUUUCUCUCUCUACACCUCUCUCUCUCUCUCUCUCUCUCUCUCUGUUGUUGUGUUUCUCUCUCCACCACUCCUUCUUAUCACUCUCUUCCUCAUAAUAUUGUGAUCUCUCUCAGUUAGUUCCCUUUCUGAAACACAUACAUAGAAGUUUUCUCCUUUCUUUAGCCGAGACAAAUCAAUCCAAAGGGAGAGAGAUGCCCAUUACCCACCCUCUCUAAAGAUAAGAGCUUUUUUCUUUUUUUUUUUCUUUCUCUUCAUAUCUCUAUUUUCCAUAUAUUAUGAGGCGGCUUAAAGGGUUGGUUAUUGUGAGUGUGAGGAUCACUUUUUGAGCGUGUUUUCUGUGGAUUCGGUCUUGUGUAUUUUGCUAUACAGAAUAAGAGAGGAAGAACAAACAUGACUGAAAGUAAUAAUGAAGUCAACCUCAGUGAAUCUAAGAGUGUUGUUCCACUCAACACUUGGGUGCUUAUCUCCAAUUUCAAGCUGGCUUACAAUCUACUAAGGCGUGCUGAUGGAACGUUCAAUCGAGAGUUAGCGGAAUUCCUGGACCGCAAGGUCCCGGCUAAUACCAUUCCUGUUGACGGGGUAUUCUCUUUUGAUCAUGUCGAACGAAGCACCGGGCUCUUCAAUAGGGUGUAUCAAGUAGCUCCUGAAAACAUGGGAAGGUUCAUAGAGUUGGAGAAGCCCUUGAGCACCACAAAGAUUGUUCCUGUUAUAAUUUUCUUCCAUGGUGGAAGCUUCUCUCAUUCAUCUGCGAACAGUGCUAUAUAUGACAUCUUCUGCCGCCGCCUUGUAAGCAAUUGCAAGGCUGUGGUGGUUUCUGUGAAUUACAGGCGAUCACCGGAAUAUCGGUAUCCUUGUGCCUAUGAUGAUGGCUGGUCUGCACUUAACUGGGUUAAAUCAAGGACAUGGCUUCAGAGUGGAAAGGAUUCCAAGGUUCAUGUGUACUUGGCUGGGGAUAGUUCAGGUGGUAACAUUGCUCAUCAUGUUGCUGUGAGGGCUGCUGAGGAAGAUAUUGAGGUGCUAGGUAAUAUUCUUCUCCACCCACUGUUUGGUGGGGAGAAACGAACCGAGUCAGAGAUGAAACUGGAUGGGAAGUACUUUGUGAGGCUGCAGGACCGUGAUUGGUAUUGGAGAGCUUUUCUUCCCGAAGGGGCGGAUCGAGAUCACCCGGCUUGUAACCCGUUCGGCCCCAAGGGUAAAAAUCUUCAAGGACUCAAGUUGCCCAAAAGUCUUGUUUGUGUGGCUGGUUUGGAUCUUCUCCAAGAUUGGCAACUGGAAUAUGUGGAAGGUCUCAAGAAUUGUGGCCAAGAUGUCAAACUUCUAUACCUAAAGGAGGCAACUAUUGGUUUCUACUUCUUGCCUAAUAAUGAUCAUUUCUAUACCCUCAUGGAGGAGAUAAAGAACUUCGUCAACCCUAACUGUUAAUAUACUAUUUAACCUUACUUAAAGGAUCCCAUACAUAACUAAAAGCCUGACAUUUCACCUGGGUAAUGUUUCUUUUUUUUAUUUUUGUAUCUUUUUUUCUUUUCUUUUCCCAACUUUAUAGGGGUGGUGUGUAGUUAUAUAAAUGUGUAGUGCUACUUACUGUGAUAACAUCUAUGGUGGUAAAUCUGGAGCUUUCUGUGAUCGGUGUGGACUACUGCUUCCUGUGCUGUGUUCAUAUCUUUUUGAAGGGUAGCACCAGUUUCAGCAGUUUGAAGUGCCAGAGUUCAGUUCUUUAGUGGGGUUUGGCUGAAGCAACGUAAAUGAAGCUUGCCCUAUUUAACUUUUUCAACCUCAAUAGUAGGAGGAGGGGAGAUACAAGAUAUGGCUUGGCUUAUCGCUUUGGUUCAGUGAAUGCAUUUAUGUUGUAUAACAUAUAUUAUUGACUGGGAACUGGAGCAAAUGCCAUCCUGUUAUGAACUUUUAUGUCUAUAUAUAAAUGUCUUGUUUGUUUACUUUUCAGUUAGAAUUUUCAUCAGGAAGAAGCUAAGGUUGUAAUAUAUUUUCAUCCUGUUAAAUUAAAUUAAGCAGUUUCAUCUUCUA